AAAAUCAGACUUCCGGUUGCGCCAGCCCCUGUGAGUAGCCAGGCGUCCCAGCCCGCGAGCGGUUCUGACUCACCGUUUAACCUGAGGCCCUAGAGAACCAGAAACCCAGAGGAACCGAUACUCCUGGCACACAGAGCCCCAUAUUUAGUGACACUGUUUUGGAGUACCUGAAUGAUGACCAAGGUCCUGGGCAUGGCCACGGUCCUGGGCCCGACGCCGCCACAGGAACAGGGGCCCGUGAUUGUGAAAGUCGAGGAGGAAGAGAAAGGGAAGCGCUUGGAGAUGUUCCGCCAGCGCUUCAGGCAGUUCGGGUACCAUGACACACCUGGGCCCCGGGAGGCCCUCAGCCAGCUCCGGGUGCUCUGCUGUGAGUGGCUGAGGCCCGAGAUCCACACCAAGGAGCAGAUCCUGGAGCUGCUGGUGCUGGAGCAGUUCCUGACCAUCCUGCCCCAGGAGCUCCAGGCCUGGGUGCAGGAGCACUGCCCAGAGAGUGCUGAAGAGGCCGUCACUCUCCUGGAAGAUCUGGAGCGAGAACUGGAUGAACCAGCACAGCAGGCCUCACCGCCUCCGCGUGAACAGAGCCAGUCGUGGGAGACGAUGUCCUCAGGAACGACCAAGGAGUCCCUGAGCAGCCCGCAGCCCCAGGCUCUGAAGACCGGGCACCAGUACGAGUCUUGGGGGCCCCUCUACAUCCAAGAGACUGGCGAGGAGCAGGGUUUCACGCCAGAGCUAAGAAAGAUUCAAGAUCAUAAAUCGAACACCCAGCAUGAGGAAACAACAGAUAAGCAGGAAGGUUCUAAAGAAUCUCAUGCAGAAGAAUUCAGAAGGGAUACUGUUCCCAUGAUUAUUGCCAGUAAAUGUGAGGCCAGGUUAGAAAGGCAGAGAGUAAACCUUGAAAAGGAAAGAGGAACAAAAACCCCUCUCCAAGGCAAAGGUUCCCCCAAACGUAGGGAGUUAAUUACUAAACCUGCCCCAGGAGAGAGACGUUACAUAUGUGCUGAGUGUGGGAAAGCCUUUAGUAAUAGCUCCAAUCUCACCAAACACCGGAGAACACACACUGGGGAGAAACCGUACGUGUGCACCAAGUGUGGGAAAGCUUUCAGCCACAGCUCAAACCUGACCCUUCACUACCGAACACACUUGGUGGACCGGCCCUACGACUGCAAGUGCGGAAAAGCCUUCGGUCAGAGCUCAGACCUCCUGAAACAUCAGCGCAUGCACACCGAAGAGGCCCCUUAUCAGUGUAAAGAUUGCGGAAAAGCCUUCAGCGGCAAAGGCAGCCUCAUUCGACACUAUCGAAUACACACUGGAGAGAAGCCGUAUCAGUGUAACGAGUGUGGGAAGAGCUUUAGUCAGCAUGCAGGUCUGAGCUCCCACCAGAGACUCCACACGGGAGAGAAACCAUAUAAAUGUACGGAGUGUGGGAAAGCCUUCAACCACAGCUCAAAUUUUAAUAAACACCACAGAAUCCACACUGGGGAAAAGCCCUACUGGUGUAGUAAUUGUGGGAAAACCUUCUGUAGUAAGUCCAACCUCUCCAAACAUCAGAGGGUCCACACGGCAGAGAGAGAAGGGCCUUAGCUGUCGAGUUGGCUCGCUUGGUGGUUUGGGGUUUUUUACCUUUAAAACAUGAAUGCGAGGGAGAAAACCUAGUAAUUGGAAUGGAAACUCCGGAGUAGAUUUUGUCUCACUCAACAUCACAGGGUGCCAAGGAGUGAGCUCAGGCGGGCACAUGGUGGGCUCCUCGCCCGCCAGCCCUCGAGGGCAGGAUCCCCUCACCACACUUCAUGUCCCGUAAACCUUGCCUCUUGUGUCAUUCACCUGCUGUGUAUCCAGUGUCAUUAAGGAGGAAACAUUAAAACCGUUUAGCUGUUUAACAUGUAUUCAAGAAUUACGAUUUGUAAAGAAUUGAACUACAUUGAACACAGUUUAAUCUGAUUUGAAAUAAAUCUAUAACAUCUAAAAAAUAAAAAUAA